AUGUCGCAACAACCAGUUGAAUUGAAGAAGAAGCCAAUCUCGUUUUCUAACAUUUUGUUGGGAGCAGGUCUAAACUUGUGCGAAGUUACGACGUUGGGGCAGCCAUUGGAGGUGAUUAAGACGACAAUGGCUGCCAAUAGGCAGUUUAGUUUCUUGCAGGCCAUCCGUCACAUCUGGGCUCGUGGGGGUGUUUUCGGGUUCUACCAGGGGUUGAUUCCAUGGGCUUGGAUCGAGGCAUCUACGAAGGGUGCGGUGCUUUUGUUUGUGUCUGCUGAGGCCGAAUAUCACUUUAAGAAGUUGGGUUUGAACAACUUUGGGGCUGGUAUCAUGGGUGGUAUUUCUGGUGGUGUAGCGCAAGCUUAUUUGACGAUGGGUUUCUGUACGUGUAUGAAGACUGUGGAGAUCACCAAGAAGAAGAGUGCGGUUGGUGGUGUACAGCAAUCUUCGCUGGCUGCGUUCAAAGAAAUCUACAAGAAAGAGGGUAUCAGAGGUAUCAACAAGGGUGUUAACGCGGUUGCCAUCAGACAAAUGACCAAUUGGGGUUCGAGAUUUGGUUUGUCGAGAUUGGUCGAAGAAGGUAUCAGAAAGGUGACCGGGAAGACUAGCCCAGAGGAUAAAUUGACUGCGUGGGAAAAGAUUUUCGCUUCCGCUAUCGGUGGUGGUCUUUCAGCCUGGAACCAGCCAAUUGAGGUCAUUAGAGUUGAGAUGCAGUCCAAGACUGAGGAUCCAAACAGACCAAAGAAACUAACUGUUGGUAAAGCCUUCAAGUAUAUUUAUAGUACUAAUGGUAUCAAGGGUCUCUACCGUGGUGUCACUCCAAGAGUCGGUUUAGGUAUCUGGCAAACCGUCUUCAUGGUCGGUUUCGGGGAUAUGGCUAGAGAGUUCGUUGGGAGACUAACUGGUGAAACUCCUACCGCUAAGCAUUGA